AAAAUAGUCGAAAGUUACACAAAGUUAUCGCGUUGAUAUUUGAAGAAUUUAUCACGAAAUACUUGUGCAAUAAAUAUUGUGAUCUUAUCACACAUGUUAUAAAUACAGCGUGUAUUAUUUUCUAUGGUAUUGUUACCUUAACUGUACAGUUUUUCGGUGAAUACGAUAAGGAGUAACAAUGGUUCGUCAGGGAGUAAUGCAGCCUGCGGAGUCGGCAGAGUUCAUAGCGAAGCAUGCUAAGCAUGUCAAGAUACAUGAAGAUGGGAUUGAAAAACUCGCAGUGGAGUUAAUGAAGUCAAUAUCAGAUAAGCUCGAGAUCCCAGACACGGGUGCAGGUGCCAUACAUCCAUCUCCUGACCAUCCGAGUGCUGUAGACUGGGUCUUUGUGGCAGACACCCUCAACUUUUGCUUCUGGUCUAAGAAAGGGCAGGAGAAAUGGACCGUUGAUGGACAUUCAGGGUACUAUGCGCUUGAAGCUGCUCUCUCCAGGGCUUUGAAAGAGGGAUAUGACAUCACCAACCCGACAUUCUACUCCAAAAUAACUGAAGACCAGCUCUCUCACAUAAUGAGAGGCGACAAUGAAGCCAAAAUACCAUUAUUUGAAAAAAGAAUUUCUGUUCUUCAUGAAGUUGGCGGGAUCCUUCUAAAACAGUACAAUGGAACAUUCCAGACCUGUUUAAAAAUGGCUGACAAGUCUGCAGUGAAAUUACUUGAAAUCAUUGUUGAUAAUUUCCCAUGCUUCAGGGAUGAAGCUGUAUAUGAGGGGAAAACUGUUUCUCUGUACAAAAGAGCUCAGAUUUUAGUAGCAGAUCUAUGGAAUUUCUUCGGCGGCAAAGGCUGGGGGGAGUUCACGGAUAUUGAUAAGAUGACCAUGUUUGCAGACUACAGAGUACCACAGGUUCUGGUGUACUUUGGCGCAAUGAGCUACAGUGAUGAGUUGAUGAAGAAGUUGGAUAAUGACGAUUUACUGCCAAGUGGUUCGGAAGAAGAAGUAGAAAUCCGUGGAUGCUCCAUCCACGCCGUAGAGUUACUUAAGGACAGAAUAGAACAGAAGAUCAGAAGUUCCCAAACAACAGCCGAGGUGCCCAACUCUAGCCUGUUAGACUUCUACCUCUGGUGCUAUAGGAGGAAGUAUGCUGAAGAAUUAGAGAGGAUACCGUUCCACAAGACUUUGGGUAUAUUUUAUUGAACUUCUUAAUUUGACAAGUUGACUAGUUUGUACAGAAUGUUGGUGAUAGACGGUGUUAUUGCGCACAUUCAUUGUCUUGCGCCGGCGGGUUCCGCGCCUUUGCUAAUUAUAUCGAGGGCUUCGAUCAUUAGCCGUACUAAAUCUAUCCACGUGGAUAUCAUGCGCUGCGUCUAUUGGUGAAAGUCCUCGAUAUAAAUCGCGCAGUGCGUGGCGCGGAAGCCGUUCCGCCAUUGCUGGUAUAUUUUAAAAUUUAAAUACUUACAACAUUUAAUAAUAGAAUUACAUAAUAUAAUAUUAUGUAUCGUUGGCAAUGCAUUACUGACAUAUUUGUAAUUAUUAAUGACGAAUGAAUUUAUAAACUAAUUUAAUAAUAUAAACCCGAAAUUUGCAUGUAAAAUUGUAAACAUUAUAAUAACGUUUUCGUAUUCCCAAGUGAUAAGUAACACUAAAGAUAGUAAGUAAGUAUAAUGGUGCUUCAGAUAUCAUCACAAUUUAAUCUUUAAUACAUGUAUAUUAUGUAUUAUAUGUAAAGAAAGCUAUACAGGUUGUCAGAAGCUGCAGUAGUUUUAGGCAGAUAAGACGUUCGUUAUGUAAAAGAGAAGAAUAUAUAUAUAUAUUUGAAUUUGAAUUUUGAAUUUGAAUUCGAAUAUACAUUUCUGUAUUUUCUGUACCUUCUAAAUAUGAAAUUAAACAACAAUGACUGUUUUA